AUUCAGACACCGGCAACUGCUUGGUGUGUGUGCGUGUGUACAGGAGCAGAACCGUAGACUAAGAGCGAGUGAGAGAGAGAUAGAGAGAGAGAGGCAGGGAGGAGCGAGGAAGGGGCCGGCUCUGUAUUCUCUCACCUACCCCCCGUCAAACCACAGGAGGGAGGGGCCAAGCCAAGCUGCCAAUCAACCUCACUCGUGGCAGCCGGCAUUAUCUCUGCUACAAACUAUUGACAGAUUACAUGUCAAGGAGUUUAGUACAUGAUUGAGAGCAAAAAAGGCGUUUAUUGUCAACUUCUUUUAGUUUCCUGUUUCUCCCAGACCAGCUUACAUCUGAUGAUUUUCAAACAGAGUUCAGUAAUAUUAUGAAAGUUACAUGCUUGACGGGAUUUAACUUCGACUACCCUGAAUAUGGAACUGGGCGAGAGAGGGCUGAAGCAAGAGAAAAGAUAGAAGAAGAGAAAACAACAUGUUUUGCUGAGAGGAGUUUAUGCACUGAAAAGACCUCAGGAAAAUCCACGAUGGCCGCCAAAAGGAAAGGUGGCCUAAAACUGAAUGCGAUCUGUGCCAAGCUUAGCCGGCAGGUGGUAUACGACGGCAGUUCCCAGAAUGCCGAGGGAGAUUCAGACCUAGUGGACAACAGCGAGCGUGGCAGCUUGCAUUAUGAUGAGGGCGACAGGCCUGAAAGUGACUUCCCAGAGGGCCUAACUCUCACCCAGAGCCUGGAGGAGGACCAGAAACGGCGCGAGGCCAUUGAGAAGUGGGUGAACGGAGAGUACGGAGAGGAUCCGCAGUGUUUAGAAGGGGUGGAGCACAGAGUACUCAAACCCAACCACGGAGAAGAUGGUCCCCCUGAGGGUGUGUACAUGGUACAGCCCAAAGGCUGCAGCGAUGAAGAAGACAACGCAGAAGAAGCAGACACCAUGCCCGGCUCUCACGAGGGCAGUUAUCACGAGGACUCAGAGGGCAGUCCACGCAAAGAUGACAGCUACCAGCCCACCACUGAAGCCCCUCCUCGCCCAGCCCCCUUCACACCACCAGGGGAAUCCUCUGCACUACGCGACUACGCCGCCAACACCAUGAAUGAGUUCCUAAACAUGUUUGGCUAUGAUGACCAGCAGGUUCGGGAUGAGCUGGCCAAGAAGAUCAGCUUUGAGAAGCUGAAAGCAGCUACCUCAGAUCCCUCCUCCCUGAGCAGCGAGGAGGCCACCCGUCGAGCUCGAUUCUCCAAGUAUGAGGAGUACAUCCGCAAGCUGAAGGCUGGGGAAACGCUGCCCUGGCCUGUGCAUACUAAGCCUGAAGUGCUCAACUCCAAAAUGACAUUGACACCAGAGAAGAGCGCUGCCCUCAUCCAGCCGACCCUCACCGCAGGGUCAGAGGGACAGAUAUUUCCGCCUGGAAUGGACCACAAACAAAGCUCACUCAACCCGGCCCCAACCAACCAGUCACACAUACAGAACUUGGCAUCCCGUGCAUCAAAGUAUGAUUACUUCAUCCAGAAGCUGAAAAUGGGCGAGAGUCUCAGAGAGCAAAAUGGUAAUUCCUACAAGCGGCCCUCCAAGUAUGACUUGGAGAACGUCAAAUUCCUGCAUCUCUUUAAACCUGGAGAAGGCAACCCUGAUAUGGGCGGCGCCAUCGCAUUUAAGACCGGAAAGGUCGGCAGACCCUCAAAAUAUGAUAUACGAAACAUACAAAAGCUCAUUCCUGGGAAAGUUGAUCCUCCGGUCCUGCCUAGUGUUCUCCCAGGAACAGCAGGGACCCCAGGACCACCAGUCAUCAAUACAGCUGCUCCCGCUGGAGUCGUGGGACCUCCUGGGUUGCCCAUGGACCAGGAGGGACACCUAGGUUUUAACACUGACUUCAUGAAGUCCAGCUUCUCUAAGACUGACUCCAUCACUACUGGAACCGUCUCCUCAGUCAAGAAUGGCCUUCCUCCAGAGAAACCUGCCACAGAGGACGUCAACGUGUACCAGAAAUAUAUCGCUAGGUUCUCUGGGAGCCAACACUGUGGGCAUGUGCACUGUGCUUACCAGUACAGAGAGCAUUAUCACUGCAUGGACCCCGAAUGUAACUAUCAGAGAUUCACCAGUAAGCAGGAUGUGAUAAGGCAUUAUAACAUGCAUAAGAAGAGGGACAACUCCCUGCAGCACGGAUUCAUGCGCUUCAGCCCUUUGGAUGACUGUAGUGUGUACUACCAUGGCUGUCAUCUCAACGGCAAGAGUACCCACUACCACUGUAUGCAGGUGGCCUGCAACAAGGUGUACACAAGCACCUCUGAUGUCAUGACUCAUGAGAACUUCCAUAAGAAAAAUGCACAGCUGAUCAAUGAUGGCUUCCAGAGGUUUCGUGCCGUGGAAGAUUGCGGGACAGUCGGGUGCCAGUUCUACGCACAGAAGACCACCCACUUCCACUGCAGGCGUCCAGGUUGUACCUUCACCUUCAAGAACAAGUGUGACAUCGAGAAGCACAAGAGCUAUCACAUCAAAGACGAUGCUUAUGCCAAGGACGGCUUCAAGAAGUUUUACAAAUACGAGGAGUGCAAGUAUGAAGGCUGUGUCUACAGCAAGGCCACCAACCAUUUCCACUGCAUACGCCAAGGCUGCGGCUUCACCUUUACCUCCACCAGCCAGAUGACCUCACACAAGCGCAAGCACGAGCGCCGUCACAUUCGCUCCUCAGGCGUCCUUGGCCUCACUUCCUCCUUCCUGUUGCCCAAAGAGGAGCAGGACGAGUCUAGCAAUGAUGACCUCAUGGACUACUCUGCCAUCAGCAGCAAGAACUCUAGCUUAAGUGCUUCUCCAACGACCCAGCAAUCCUCCACCAUACCACAUCUGCUGCCCACUCCCACCACCACCAUGUGCUCCAGUCAGAGCGUCAAGCCUACCGCAGCUCUGCCUCCGGCUAGCCGCAUUUCCACGUUGCUGUCCCAAGCCCUGCCCAGCAAUGUACCCAUGGCCCUGGCACUUUCUAACAGCGCACUGGCAGGUGCUUCCAAUCCUUUCUUUCCCCUCAUUCCCAGAAUGCCCAUGCCGCUUCCACCCUCUGCCGCCGGUCUGAUCUCUGCUGCCACGUCUGUGGCUCACUCCAUGCCCAACGAUUCUCUACCCCAGACCUCCACUCCAACUGGGGACCUGGCUGCUGCUACUGUUGCUUCCACCCCAACUUCCUUCGCUGCGUCAUCAAUCAUGGAGAAGAUGUCAGCUAGCAAGGGUCUGAUAUCGCCUAUGAUGGCCCGACUGGCAGCCGCUGCCCUGAAGCCCUCCGGUAACCCUGAUGCAGGGAUGGGGCAGGCAGGCCAGUUUAAUCCAGUCGAGGUGAAGCAGGAGCCGGCGGACGGUGCCUCAGCAGCUUCGCAAGAGUCUAUCCAGGAGCAUAGCCUGGACCUGAGCAAGAAAGACCACAGCGCUGAAUCAAACGGACACCCUGCGCCGGGAAAUACAUCUCUUUUAUCCUCACUUAUGAAUAAGAUGAAUCCUGGUUUCUUCAACGCUCUGGAUUUGAAGUCAGAGCUUGAGGGAGCUCAGGCGGCAGACGGCUCAGACGCAGCUCAGUAUCUCUGUAGGGUAAUGAAGAGGUCGAGCCCAGAGAAGCCCACUGAGCUGUGGAAAACCUACCUGCGCAGGUAUGACAUUGACGAUUUCUGUGAAGCCCAUUGUGAUUUCUUGCACAAGAUCCAUUUUCAUUGCCUGGUGGAGGACUGUGGGGCUCUUUUCAGCACGGUGGACGGAGCCAUCAAACACGCCAACUUCCACUUCAGAGCCAACCUGAAGGUUAAAUUGGAGCCCCCUUUCAAUGAGAGCAAGGAAUCCAACGAUAGUGGCCCUAAUCAAAUGCCUGCCCCCAUUUCCAUGGCCAAGACGCCCCCUGUGGAGGUGCCCAGUCUGGCUGUGUCAGGGGGCUACAGCUCGUCCCCUUCUUUCCAAGCCUGGAAACAGCUAGCCGGGUCGAUCCCCCAACUUCCUGCCUCCAUGCCCAGUAUGCCAGCCACUUCCCCUCUAGCCACCACGUCUCUGGAGAACGCCAAGCCUCAGGUCAAGCCUGGCUUCCUGCAGUUUCAGGACAAUGAUCCUUGUCUGGCCACCGACUGCAAAUACUCCAAUAAGUUCCACUUCCACUGUCUGUUUGGAAAUUGCAAAUAUGUGUGUAAGACAUCCGGGAAGGCUGAAUCGCAUUGCUUGGACCACAUUAACCCCAACAACAACCUGGUGAAUGUGCGAGACCAGUUCUCCUACUAUUCUCUGCAAUGCCUUUGUCCUAACCAGCACUGUGAGUUUCGCAUGAGGGGCCAUUAUCAUUGUCUGAGACCCGGCUGUUAUUUUGUCACCAAUAUCACCACCAAACUUCCCUGGCACAUCAAGAAGCAUGAGAAAGCCGAGAGGCGUGCCGCCAACGGCUUCAAAUACUUCACCAAGAGAGAAGAAUGUGGCAGACAUGGGUGCAAAUACAACCAAGUUAACAGCCACUUCCACUGUAUCCGUGAGGGCUGUCAGUUCUCCUUCCUGCUCAAGCAUCAGAUGACCUCCCAUGCCCGCAAACACAUGCGAAGGAUGCUGGGUAAAAACUUUGACAGAGUUCCUUCCCAGGUGGUCUCUCAUGCUCACCAACCAGAAGAGAUGCAACGUAUGGCCAGUCUAGCUUCAUCUGGCAUGGUAGGCAGCCACCAUAAUAUGAACCCCAACUUCUCCAACAUGAUGGAGGACAAUGAUGACUACAUGGAUUAUACUGCUGGAGGAAGCCCACUGGGCCUGUCCUCAGAAUCCUCCAACCAGGACCGCAGUUGUACCAGCACCCCCGUGGGUAACGACAGUUCGCCAGCAGGACCAGGCUGUCAGGUCCCUGCCCCUGCCACUACUACCUCUGCUGACUCUCCUCCUUCUCAAUCUGCACCUCCUCCUCCUCCACCUUCUCUUCCACCUCCUCAUCAGCCUGCGCUCCAGAGUCAACCUCCAUCUCUCUCCUCAGCUCUUCUCCGGCCACCACUCCCCUCGCUCCCAUAUCUCCUCUCCCCAUCCUGUCUGUCAUACUCUCUGCUCAGCGCCUCUCUCGGAGCCACUAGGAGUGUUGUCAUGCCAACCAACACACCAGCUUUCAGCCCCAUCAUUCCUACUUCGUCUUCGGUUAAAAAUGACGUCCCUAUAGUACAGGACGCAGCAGGUAACACCAUCUCUAUCCCUACGGCAACUGGAGCUAAGAAGCGGUUCUGGAUCAUCGAAGACAUGUCACCCUUCGGCAAGCGUCGCAAAACCGCUUCAUCUCGCAAGAUGCUGGAUGAAGGCAUGAUGCUGGAAGGCUUCCGUCGCUAUGAUCUCUAUGAGGACUGCAAGGAUACAGCCUGCCAGUUUUCCCUGAAGGUCACCCACUAUCACUGCACACGGGAGAACUGUGGCUACAAGUUCUGCGGCCGCACUCACAUGUACAAGCAUGCCCAGCACCACGACCGCGUGGACAACCUGGUCCUAGAUGAUUUUAAGCGCUUCAAGUCCUCUCUGUGCUGCAACUUCCCUGAUUGCCAGUUCUCUGGAAACAGCACCCAUUUCCACUGCUUGCGAUGUGGCUUCCGUUGUACAGACAGCACCAAGGUGACGGCGCAUCGCAAGCAUCAUGGCAAGCAGGAUGUGAUCAGCGCCGCCGGAUUCUGUCAGUUCAGUUCUAGCGUGGACUGCGAGGUGGCUGACUGCAAAUACAAGCUCAAGUGUUCGCACUUCCACUGCACUUACCCAGAGUGCAAGCACACAGUGGUGGGCAUGUCCCAAAUGGAUUCCCACAAGCGCAAGCACGAGAAGCAGGAGAGGGGUGAGCUGCCUUCCGUUUCCCCUAACCAGGAUGGCAACCACCACCAUCAUCACCAUCACCACCACCACCAUGCAGGCCUAGCCAUUCCCUCGAUGCCCAUGAAUCUGCCCCCGAACUCACCCGGCACACCAGGGCUGACCCACAACAACAUGACCAUGUACCUCCCUUCGACAGGGGCCGUCAAUGAAUAUGAGCAUCCAGGCUCAGCGGUCAACCUUGACAGUUCUUUAAACCUGGGGACGGACACCAACAGCUCCUUGUUCUUCCUGAAAAAUGCUGCUGGUUUGGGACUCAGUGACUCCAUGGACCUGAGCAAAAAGAUGCACAGAGAACCCCUGUCCCUAGCCCCCGGUUCUGGCCCUAUUGCUUCAAUGGGCCUCAGCAACCCUCAGGAUGACACUACCGGCACAUCCGGCGAUCUGGAAGAUGACCUGUCACCUGAGGAAGAGCCAAUAGCAGAGGACGACGAUGAUGACGAUGAUGAGGAAGAGGAUGAAGCGGAGGAGGACAUGAAUACAGACUCGUAUGAAGAUUCCAUGCCAGAGCCAGAAGUAGACAAAGACAAUGGAGAGAGUUUUGAUGCUUCCAUGAACCACGCCGAAACUUCCCAACUGGAUAAAGAGGAUCCGGAGGCUGAGCCCUAAUCUAUGCUGUAGAAGGAGAACUAUGAAUUCCCUUAACAAACACACGUUUGAGUGGCCUCAUUUAUCAUGCUUAGAGACGCUGCAGAUGACAAGAAAACAACCAACUACAAGAAAAGUGAAGGCCCAAAAUGAUUUAUUAUGAUGUUUACAAGAUGACCAAGAUUAUUAAUUUAAUUAUGCAUUAAAAAUGAACAGAGAAAUAGACAGACGAGGCCCUCUUUUACACAUGGGUGGCUAUGUAAACCUUUUCCUACACAUCAGUCUUGUGUGUGUGUGUGUGUGUGUGCAUGUUUGACUUUAAUUUAUUCGAUUUCAUUUGUUACUUUUUGUGUGUGGAAAAAAAAACAAGGAAAUACGAUCUCUCUAUAUAUGACUAUCUAUAUAAAGUAGAUGUGUGUGGAUGUUAAUGUACAUUUUAAUUGCAGUCGCUGGAUUGCAGGACCCACAUACCAACCCGAAAGUGACGAAAAGCAGGAAAUCUUUUAUAAAGAAUGUUGCUCAAAUAAUCGAUUCAAAAACACCUUGUGUUAUUAUUAUUGAAGUGCAGGGGCCUGCACCAAUGCUUUGACUCAUAUGCAUCUCCGUUGAGCUUUUUUUAUUAUUAUUUACAACUAUCACAGUUCUCACUUAAACCUGCUGUCAUGGUCAGUGGUGUCAUAGGCUCCAUUCCAUGUGGACGUUCGCCUGCAUCUUCAGGACAAAUAAACAGCAACCAGUGGCUGCAAAGCAUCAGGCCAUAAAGCAUUGAUCUCAGUGAAUGCUAGCUCGCACUUGAUUUCUGUUCCUUCUUUUCUCAACGAGGACCCAUUUGGCAUUGCAUAUUCAUAGUGCACUUUUGUAUAGACGAGAGCAGAUAUUCAAGCCUCUAUUUAAGACCUUUUGUUAUCUUUUACAUGAUUGCAUUACUAUGGCUUUCUGUUUGUUUUUAUUUGCAUUAUUCUCUAAUUGCACAGGCAUGAGCAGAUGAUGUGGGGGUGUCUCACUGUAAAUGGGUCUGUGUCUAUGGCGAGAGCCGUCACCCCUGUGUUUCAGAGAUUUUUUUGUAAUGUGAUGAUGGUGCUACUGCCCAGAAUGAAUGGGAGGAGAUUACAGCUUCAUUUUCAUCCUCAAAUAGAUGUCCUAAAGUCUCCAUCGAACACAGAGCAGGAGACGAGCGUCUCUGAAUGUAGGGAAAAGAUGUUUGUGGGUGUUUUUGUUUUACUUUACUUUUCCCUUCACCGUUUCUGUAGCAUGAAAAAAAAAAGAGACAGUGUCUAAGGAUGGAGACUGGCUAUUUGAAGCUUCUUUUUUCAGAAGCAUCAUAUAUAUCUAUUUCUAAAAGAAGAGGAAACGUGGAAAGAGAGACUUUUUUUCUAGAGGGCUGAAUGGAGGACACAUCACAAAGACACCACGAUGAAUGCUGGUGAUGGAAAAUGUGUGAUUUUAUGAAUUGUACAGACAGAAAACAACGUUUCAAGCUUUUGUUUUCUCUUUACAACAGCUGUGGUUUCGCUCCAGUAAUAAGAAGUUAUUUAAUAUUUAUGUGACCUUGCAAUGAGAAAAUUCUAGGGUGUUUUUUGCACUUUUUAGGUUCAUUUUUACCUUUUGAAAAUAUGGCAUUUAUCUUUUAACAGGGAAUUUGCUUUACAAUGUUGUUUAGUUCACUUUUGCUUUGAUGCACAAAUAGUCUUCAGUGUGAUGAAGAACUGUUGUUCUGUGUUUUAUUUAAGAAACUGAAAAAAAGGAAAAAAAAUGUUUUCUUCGCUUCCAAGAUUGGAUGAUUUCAAUAUGAAACAGGCAUGCUCGAACCUGGCUUGCCUAAUGAGUAACACUAAUGAUGACUGUAAUUCAAAUGAAUUCUAUACAGAGGAAAUUAUUGCAGUGCUUCGCUCCAAAUUACAAAAAAAAAAGAAAGAAAAAUGAGUUUCGUUUGCUUGGCCUCCACUUAAUAUAAGAAAGAUGAAUUGUUUCCUAAACACGGAACUAUCACAAUAUAGGCAACUAAAUGUGUAGAUGGUUAUCUGUUUCAGGAGGGAAAAAAGGCUGUAUAGUAUUUUCUUCUGUAAAAACUAUAUAUGAACAAAACUGCUCUUUGAUUCAAAGCUUCCUUUAAAAAGAAAAUAAAAACGGACAACUAAAAGAAUAAAAAGUUAAAAACUGAACUAACACCAGUAUAAUUUGCUUGUGUGUGUGAGAGAUGUACGCAAGUGUGCGCGUGUCUGUCUGUGUGUGAAGUUUUAUUGUUAUUACCAUGGUUUCCCCAUAGUGGUAGAGGAAUUAGUGGUAAUUAAAUCUAUACGAGUCACAUUAUUGUAGCACUGAACAGUGGAGUGUGUUUCUACGUUUUGCGCAAGGAAGUCAUCUUUUUCGAAGCUGUAUAUCAUGUGCGAUCACAAUAUCUGCAUAAUUUAAAACCAUCCGCAACUCUUUGUUUGCUAUUGUUUUGGUGUUUGUUUUAUUUAAUUGAACUUCUGUAUUUUGCAUAUGGCAUGCCCCUCUCACAGGCCGUUUGUUCUCUGGUCUCAAGUGCAAAGCGCAGGACUCACACUGAAGCAGCUGUUUUUGCCUGGGAGAUACUGUGCACUUGAAUACAUUUUAUGUGUGUAAAAUAGCAGGAUUUGUAAAGAGUCGAAAUAAAGAAAUUCUAAUUAUUAUAACAAUGCAAA